ACUACGCUUCUGCAGCUGCGGGUGUUACACUCGUCUGCAAACUUUUUCCAGUUCCAAGUUACUUUGCUUCGUUUUUGAGUUCAGAAGAAGAGGAGGAAGAUUAUUCCAGUCACCAGAUCACAGGACAGGAUCUUGUGAGAUUCACAUGGGACUCUCCUGAAAAGAAGGCAGAAAGUCUUGUUCCUUUUCUUUUUCUUUUUCCAACCACCCUUCUCUGUUGAUCUGUGCUUCUUUCCUUCGCUUUCCAACUCUUCCUGCUUCUGUAGCAUCGACGGCUCUGUAUCAUGUCCUUUAUUCAGUGAUCAUUGUUCUGAUCCCUUUUACUAAGGGCUUUGAGAAAAAGUCAAUGUCUAGGAUGCAGUUCAGCAGCGUGCUCCCCCUGGAGGGUAAAGCUUGUGUGAGCCCACUGAGGAGGAAUGUCGAGAGCUCUGGCAGUGAGAGGAUCAGGAUUGGGGACAGCAGCACCAUCAAGCAUGAGAGGGCAUUGAGGAGGAUGUGUUUCGGUGCUAGGGGCGCCGCCAGCGGCGCUCAGUGUGUGCUCACCUCAGAUGCUAGCCCAGACACCCUUGUUGUCCGAACCUCCUUCAGGAGGAAUUAUGCUGAUCCAAACGAGGUUGCAGCAGUCAUAUUGGGUGGUGGCACUGGGACUCAGCUUUUCCCUCUCACAAGCACAAGGGCCACACCUGCUGUUCCUAUUGGAGGAUGUUACAGGCUUAUUGAUAUUCCUAUGAGCAAUUGCUUCAACAGUGGCAUAAACAAGAUAUUCGUCAUGACUCAGUUCAACUCAGCCUCUCUUAAUCGUCACAUUCACCGCACAUACCUCGGUGGGGGAAUCAAUUUCACUGAUGGAUCUGUUGAGGUAUUGGCUGCAACCCAAAUGCCUGGCGAGGCUGCUGGAUGGUUCCGAGGAACAGCAGACGCCGUCAGAAAAUUUAUCUGGGUACUUGAGGACUAUUAUAAGCAUAAAUCUAUAGAGCACAUAUUAAUCUUGUCAGGAGAUCAGCUUUAUCGUAUGGAUUACAUGGAGCUUGUGCAGAAACAUGUUGAUGACAAUGCUGACAUUACUUUAUCAUGUGCUCCUGUUGGAGAGAGCCGGGCAUCUGAAUAUGGACUAGUGAAGUUCGACAGUUCAGGCCGUGUGAUCCAAUUUUCUGAGAAGCCGAAGGGUGUCGACUUGGAAGCAAUGAAAGUGGAUACCAGCUUUCUCAAUUUUGCCAUAGACGAUCCAGCUAAGUUCCCCUACAUUGCUUCCAUGGGAGUUUAUGUCUUCAAAAGAGAUGUUCUUUUAAACCUUCUAAAGUCAAGAUAUGCAGAACUACAUGACUUUGGGUCUGAAAUCCUCCCGAGAGCUCUACAUGAGCACAAUGUACAGGCAUAUGUCUUUACUGAUUACUGGGAGGACAUUGGAACAAUCAGAUCGUUCUUUGAUGCAAACAUGGCCCUCUGCGAGCAGCCUCCAAAGUUUGAGUUUUAUGAUCCAAAAACUCCCUUCUUCACUUCUCCUAGAUACUUACCGCCAACCAAGUCAGACAAGUGCAGGAUCAAAGAAGCAAUCAUUUCGCACGGAUGCUUCUUGCGCGAAUGUACCAUCGAGCAUUCCAUCGUCGGUGUCCGUUCACGCCUAAACUCUGGGUGCGAGCUUAAGAAUGCGAUGAUGAUGGGUGCGGAUCUGUACGAGACAGAAGACGAGAUCUCAAGGCUACUGUCUGAGGGCAAGGUCCCCAUUGGUGUAGGGGAGAACGCAAAGAUCAGCAACUGCAUCAUCGACAUGAACGCGAGGAUCGGAAGGGACGUGAUCAUCGCAAACAGCGAGGGCGUCGAAGAAGCCGAUAGGGCAGAGGAAGGGUACUACAUCAGGUCAGGAAUCGUGGUGAUACUGAAGAACGCGACUAUCAAGGACGGCACCGUCGUGUAGAGCCGUGGCCGGUGGCAUGACCCCGUUGCAACGACAAAGUUCCGCACCUGCACCGCAGCAGCACCGUCUUCUCGAAAGGUUCCGGAGAUGCGCUGCACCGAACUGAACUGAGUCUUCAGAAGAGGAAGGACCCCCGGAGACGUUGGGAGCUUAGGAUGAUAGAGAGGUGGCGGAGGCUGCAUUAGUAAUUCAGUAGUGGCAAGUAGAGAGAACCAGUUGUUGUUGUUGUUGUUGUCCUAAAUUCCCCUUUAAUAAUAAGCUGCGUGUUUGAGGUAAAUUGUCGCAGCCAAAACCCUCAGGGGAUCGUCGGUUUGUCGUGUAAAUAAACCUUGAGAUCUUCAAACAAAAGAAAAACAUGGUUUGUUUAUUCU